AUGAUGAGAAAAAAAUUAAAAAAAAGGGAACAAUUUAAACUUAUAUCCAAAGAGAGGUGACAGAAGAAAAACAAAAAGAUGGGACGGAGCAUAUCAAAGUCGCCGUCGAGAGGAAGAAACCGUAGGGAUCGAAGCCGCUCACCAUAUUCCUCCAGAAGGAACCGUUGUAGUGUCUCCCCGCGUCGCCGGAGAAGCCGGUCGCCGAGUUACAGGCGCCGUAAGAGCCGGUCUCCGACGCCGAGACGACGUCGCAGGCAUAGAACUAAGAGCAGCUCUCCGUCUCCUCCUCCUCCUCCUCCUCCUCGUCUGACCACAACUGAACGGAAAAAUGCCAAGAAAGAGGAGGAAGAAAAGGCCAGGCUACUACUGGAGGCGGAGCUGAAGAGAUUAGAGGAAGAGACUGCGCAGAGAAUAGAGGAAGCGAUUCGGAAAAAUGUAGAGGAGAGGCUGAGUUCUGAUGAUGUUAAGUUACAAGUAGAGAGGCGGAUAGAGGAAGGUCGGAAGAAGCUGCUUGAGGAUGUUCAAGCUCAACUUCAAAGAGAAAAGGAAGCUGCUCUUAAUGAAGCAAGACAGAAACAAGAACAAGCUCGGAAAGAGAGAGAAGAGCUUGAUAAGAUGCUAGAGGAGAACAGGAGGAGGGUGGAAGAGGCUCAGAGAAGAGAAGCUUUGGAACUGCAGACCAAAGAGGAGGAACGCUAUCGGGAGUUGGAGCUGAUUCAGAGACAGAAAGAAGAGGCUGCAAGGAGAAAAAAGAUGGAAGAGGAAGAAGAACAUGCACGCCUGAUGAAGUUGUCUAGUAAGAAUAAAUCUCGAUCAAAGUCUUCUAGUAUUGGUUUCUAAUGGUGGCUGGUGCCAUGUAUACCUAGUGCUACUACUGGCUGCUAUUGACUACUUGUCCGAUAUUGACAAAUAUUAGUCAAAUAUUUUGCAUUUGAUUUCAUAUGAUGUUAUCUGUCUUCAAUUUUUUCAGCAUAUAAGGUCUUUACAUGAGUGAUUUGAUA